UUUUAGUAGCUGCUUGUAACUCAUCCCAGUAGCUCUGGCACAAAAAUUCGGUGCAAGAUGAGAGUACUGAUAACUUUUCUGCUUAUUGGUGGAGCCCUUGCAGUUCCAGUGCCAGUAAGCAAAGAAAAAGAAAUCUGCGAACCAGCAUCCACACGAUUUGUGCCCAACCAAAGGUAUAUUUAUCGUUAUGUCGCUACCACCGUGACUGGUGUGACAGGAACAACCAAUCAAACGACCGGACUUCGCAUUGAGGCUACGUGUGAGAUCAAUGCGCUAGCAGACUGUCACCGUUCUCUUUGGGUGAAAAAUGUAAGAAUCUUCGAAGCCUCGCCUAAUGGGGAAAAAGAAUUCACACCAUCUCCCAAGCAGGAAAGUUUCAAGAAGGCGCUCGAAGCUAACCACCUGGUUUUUACAGAACGCAGAGGCCGUUUUGUCAUGGUCCUGCCGGUUAAGACAGAACCUGUGUACAUCACCAAUAUCAAGCGUGGUAUUUUGAGUGCACUGCAGCUGCAGUUUAGUGAAAAACCACAAGAAAUGAUUCAUGAGGUUGAUGUCACAGGAAACUGUACAUCCGAAUACAAGAUUGUGAAUAAACAAAUACUGGAAAGCGAAAUCACCAAGAAAAGGGAUCUCUCCAAUUGUACCGGUCGAUCACACAAUAUCACCAAGCUGAAUCCAGUCACAUACGAUGUGAAUUCUCUGAUACAAGGUCCCCUCAACUCAACAAGCUUCUGCCGUUACAUUGUGCGUGAAAAGUACGUCAAAACCGUGGAAUGUAACGAAACACACCUCUUGCGACCAUUCAGCUACAAUGCGGCUGGUGUGACAACCAAUGUCACAGUGAAUUUGACCCUUGAGUCGGUAACAAUGAAUUUAUUCCUCUUCGCGGACGAUAUGAAAUUUCCAGAAAUGAGAAAAUCAAACAUGUUUUACGAGCAAUCUUUGGCGAGAGCCGAGGAACAGCCAGUUUUUGAAACAUCCUCCAAGAGCGCAGAGGCUAUUCUAGAAAGCUUGAUCAAGGUCCUUCCUAUCAACGAAACCACACCGUGCACGGUGAAUAAUUUCACCCGUCUGGUCUUCACGAUCCGAAAACUCGACGUCGAAGCGCUGAGGAAAGUCUGGACUCGAUUUUACAACUGCGAUGAACAGCAGGAAGGCGAAUUCACGGAGAAACAGUGCAAGAAAUCCCAGGCGUAUUUGCUCGAUGCUUUUACUCAGUGCGGGACCACCCCGUGCCUGACAUAUAUAAUUGAGGCCAUCAGGGACUACGAUGAAGUUAAAACUGAGCAUAUGGCAUACCUUUUGAACGGAAUCAGUGCAGCGCGAAAUGCAGCCUCCUAUCUCUUUGACCAAGUGAUCGAGUUACUGCAACAGAAGAGUGAUUUACCCAAAACCACACUACUAUCUCUUGGAACCAUGAUCCGGAAGUACUGUCAACGUGUACCAGAAGAUUGCCUAAGAGAAUCUGAUUCUGCUGUUAUGGAUGCGGUGGACUUCUUAGAGAAGCAACUUCCAAAGCACUGUGAGGCCACCCCAUAUGAAGUAGAUGACGUCAUUAUUUCGCUCAAAGCGAUUGGCAACGCAGGACGUAUGCGCUCCAAAGCAACAGAGCUUGUGAAAUGCUCACAAGGAGCCAACUACCUCAACAUCUCUGUAGUUGCCAUUGAGACCAUUCGAAGCAUGCCUUUCUGCUCAGACACGUGGAACGCUCUGGGAAGUGAGGUGUUUGGUGACUAUGGCAACGACCCCGAGGUGCGCGUGCAGGCUUACCUUGCCUUUAUGAAGUAUCCCGAUGAAAAAACGAUCAGAUAUGUGGCGGAGAUUCUGGAUGGUGAGGUCAAUACCCAGGUUGGCGCCUUCGUCAGCAGCCAUCUCAAACAAAUGAAUGAUUCUGUUGAGCCAACUUAUGGCAAGAAGUUGGGCGAACUAAUUAAGAAGGCUCUGAAAGAGCGAGAAACUCCUCUGCGGGACUUCAACACCACAAACAAGUCUCAUUUCUUACAGAAAAGUUAUUUAAAUGAGGAAAAUAAUUUGGGCUUCAGCUCGGAAAGUCAUGUGAUCUACCACCCAGAGAGCCUUGUCCCGAGAAGCGCAGAACUCAAUGUGACCCUUGACUUAUGGGGUGGAGCCAUCCCAGUGGUCGAGACAAGCACGAGGCUAGAGGGCCUGGAGAUCAUUUGGGAGAAACUUUUUGGGGACAAAGGGUACUUUCCUGAUAGCCAUAUCUCGGGGCUCAUAAAAAUAGAGAAGAGCGUAAACGAGGUCAGAAAAAUUCAGAAGAGGAGUAUAGACAACACAGCUGACUUGGAAAAUCUUGAUAGAAUGGUUAACCUUCGCAAGAUGACGCCCAGUGGUCUUCUGUCUCUGAAGUUGUUUGGCAAUGACCUUGACUUGUUCAGAUUGAAGGAUCUCGAAUGGCUGGAGGAUGAUGAUAUUCCCAUCGCUGAUCUGAUCGAAUUAUUGCGAGCUCUCUCAAAAGGAGUUGACAAGACUUUUACCAAAAGUUUUCUGUUCUUAGAAGAAACUUAUGUCAUUCCCACAUGCCUUGGAAUACCUCUGAACCUGAGUAUCAAUGGUACAUCUGUCACCAGUGUAAACGUACAAGGAAGGGCUGACCUAUUGAGCCUUUUCUGGGGUAACAAGAAGGCAGUUGUCCAAGGAACUAUAAAGCCAAGCGCUGCCAUCGUGCUUUCUGGAAAGGUCACAUUAGAUGCCUUCCACCUAUCAACAGGCGUUCUGCUGAAUGGUUCCAUCUCCACUUCCACCGAAUUACAAGGAAACCUAACCUACAGCAAGGAACAGGGAUUAAAGUCACAUAUCAAUGUCACCGAGAAGCCACAAGAGAUUUUGAACAUCACGACUUCUCUUUUCCAUCAUUUCAAAAACGAAAAGAUCCCGAUCCGUGGAGUGGACCAUCGCAACACGACUGGUGUCUGCACCGCCGACAUUUUCAACAGUACCAAGAUAUUCGGCCUUAACAUGUGUUCCAACAUCUCCAUACCGGUGGCUUGGUACAACAAGACUGCUCCGUUCUUCCCUCUGACUGGCCCUUUUAACUUCUCCAUCUACUUAAACAGAACUGAUCCAUUACUGAGGAACUUUGAAAUGGAGGUCAACUUUACGAAGCCAGACAAACACACGAACAAGACAGCCAUUGCCAUUUGCACUCCUGGAGCAAGCUACGAAAGGAAGUUCUUCUGCAAUAUCACCUCUAACAAAACUGAAAAGAUGUAUCGUUGGAAUGUGAGUGUUGGUGCCGGCCAAGAGAACGCCACCACGAUCGAUUUUGUCUUCGUUCCCAUUUCCAAAGCCGUUAAUAUUACUCUCAAUGUGACAAGAAAUCUGACAGCUUUUUACUUCCAUCGCACCUGCCACAAGACACACAAAAUCAAGUAUGGGUUGGCAAUAAAUUCCACUCUUUUCAACAAUUCGUUUCAUCACCGUUUCUUUGUGAUGAAUGACACGCACAAGUGGCACUUGGAAACAAACACCACUGUUAAAAGCACCACACAGGGUAUUCCUAUCACCGUUCUGUACCUCAACACCUCCAUCAACUUCAACGGAAACUCAACAGGUAACUUGACUCUCAACAUUACUCACCGCCCGCUCAACCUGACUUUGCACUUGCGAGGGCAGCACAAUAUGACUGCUCGUAGCUCGAACAUGACCUGGAAUGUCAGCUGCCCAACGUGGAGCACACCAAUUCUAAACAACAACAUCACAAUAAACGUUACUUACGUCAAUGCUACAAGCUUCAUUAAGACCCAUGUAAACGUAUCCAGCAACGGGACCCAAGUGUUGUCCUGCUUUAAGGCGUAUCGUAACUCUACGGAGAAGAACGUCACCGUCUUCUUCUGCAACACCACAACCUUCAACAGGACGUCCUCGCUGAACAUGACUUUCACUAACGCAACCGACGGUAUCAAGAUUUGUCAUUUGAAUAUCACUCACCAGAAUAGGUCAAUUGCAUUGAACACCACCUGGAUGUACAACCAUAAGGUUAGAAAUGUCAGCCUGAACAUCACCUAUUCAAACCAUUCUGUUGUGCUGUCAGGCUCUUUAAAGAACUCUACCUUGGAAAAGGGAUUCUGCUUCAACAGCACCUACUUCAACGGAACUCACAAUAACUUCACUAUUUUAUCAACGUGCUUAAGCUAUUUGAAUGCUACCGAAAGGAAAUCCUUGAUAUGGAAUAUUACCAGCCUCCACUCAACUGCCACCAUGAACACGACCUGGUUUUCGAACUCAAAAGCGAGAGGAAUCCUGGUUAACUGCACGUUCCAGAAUAGGACAGUUUUCAACAUGACAGCAACUUACUCAAACACCACUACGACCAGAAAUCUCCAUUUUAACAUGUCUAUGGGAACCUGGAGAGCAGAGUUGAAUCAUACUUACUUCUCGACUGAGAUGUUACCGGACGUUGAUCAAAUUCGCAGCAUUAAUAUCACGCACAGGAUCAGGAACGGUACAUCUUCCUGGAUGAAUGCGUCAUACAUUUUCACUUUCUUCAACACUACCGCUAAAAAGGACCUCAUUCUCAACCUCACCUUCACUAACCGCACCUAUGGAGCACAAGUUAACAUGGUUAAUAAAACUACGACUGAGAUGCUUCAUCACAUCCUAAAAAUCACUGGUUACACUCCCAACAGGACAGUCAGCUGGAUGGGCGUCUUAACCAAUUCCUCCAAGAUGUUCAACCUGACAUCCAUUUUUCAUUACCAGCCGAAAAAAAUCCUCAACCAGACAUUUGUUUGGAAUAAAGAAAUCAGUCAGGUUAAUGUCACCGUCCAUUUCCUUCCAAACGUUUCUUUCAGUCUAAACUGCUCUGGAACCUUCAAUACCAGUAUUAGUGCAAAUGCAAACGCUACGGUGUACAACCACACCCUCCUGUGGAAUGGAUUUGUAAGCAACAUGAGCGUGGUUUCUAACUUAACCUUAUGGAACCGUACCAUUGAAUUUGUGACCAAGACAUGCAAUAGAUCCCAUAGUGCCUUUUUUAAUCUAAGCACAUGGCAUCACUACAACAAAACGGCAUUUAAUGGCUCCAUGGGUUGGUCCAUCAACGCCACCGAGAGAGUCUCCUACUUCAAUGUCACCUUACAGAACGUAACUUGGUUCCUCAAGAUGUUCUCACUCAACGACACGCACUUCAACAACACCAUUUACAGAAUUAACGGCAGUGAAACGUACGUAGAGUGGAGCAGGGAGGUUAGAGGUGACAACACCAUAUACGACGUAUUGAACAUGACAUCUGUUAGAUAUGAAUGGAGUGCAUUGAAUAAUCUCACUUUCCACAUUCCAACCAAGCUGGCGAACAUCACUGUAAACGCAACAUUGGCUGGAGUAAACAUGACCAAGUUCCGAACACACUUUAAGUACGUUUUGAAAAACAUCACUCACGAGAUACUGGUAUGGAAUUAUACCAAAGAAAAUAUCACCCAGAAUCUCUUUAAUCUCACUAUACACCUUCUUAAUACCACCUCCCGCAGCAUCCCUAACGUCACUGUCGAUUACCAAAGGUAUUUCCUCGGCGACAAAUUUAACUAUUCACUCUUCUACAACAACCUGGCGAAUACUAUUCUGAAGAUGAAAGCAAGUAAUGUUACGCUGGAAAAUAUUACGGAAGAGCUGAUCGUGAUUCUCCAGAACUUCACCGAUCAUGUCAAGACCACUGCUUUUCUGGGAAACAUCUCUAAUAUCAUCAGGAACACGACUUGGUACAACCAAACAUGCACGACUUGGUACAAUCAAACAUGUGAAACAUUCAUUUUCGAUUUGACUGAAUGGGGAAGGAACGCUACAAAGAACUUUACGAUGUUUUUAAAUAGAACAGUUAGUAAGAUCGGAAAUUGGACAGUUGAUAAUAAGACAAUAAACUUUUAUCUAAAAACUUACCUACCUGGCGUCCAAAAUCUUACGAUAGAAAUACUCAACGGAACUGUCAACUUCACUCAAGCUAUGGUCAACGUGAGCUUGGUGUUUAGAAAUUUCACUCACAAUGUCACUGAGUAUAUCCUUAAUGUCACACACCCUGUAUUAUACAACAUAUCCAGACAAAUACUCGUCAACAUCACAGGGUAUAUCAACAAUUCUUCUUUCCUUGGCGGAGUCGCGUACCCGGUCUGGCAGAACUUUACCGAUGUGGUUGACAUCAGUGUUUUCAACUUUACCUACGAGUUCUUCCACAAUCGGACCAACUGCGAUUCAUCUUUCGAAUGGUUCCUCCCAUCCCUUCACUACCCAAUGAACAUCACCUUGUCCUUCCAUACGAUCACUUCCAAUGCAACCUUGUACCAAGCCAUCGAAGGCCUUUUGAAUAAAACUCUUGAGUUGUAUAACACAACGGUCCGAUCCCCGGCUUGCCGUAUGAACAGGACCCACGAGUGGCUGGUGAACGUCACAGACCUAGCUGUUAUUUUAGUUAAUGAUACUGUUAAUGUUCUGAACGUGACGAGCUACAAGACCACACAAGAAAUAAUCGAGUUCUACAUUAAUCGCACUCACAAUAUGACAUCUCAACUUUGGAAUAUGACAGUCCAGAUCCUCACUGAAACCAAUUUCAGUGAACCCCCGCACAAAUCAUGGAAAAUGUUGAAUUUCACGGCUCACUAUCGCAACUGGACCCACAGUAUGCCUUGGACCCGUCCGGUUCUGAAGAGGUGGAACUCAACUAUGCUGGAAGUGAUAGCCGUUAUGCGAAACCACAGUUGGCAAAACUACACCCGAUACUACUUCCCACGAGUGAUUCGAUACACAGCUGAGCCAGUAGAAAGGGAUAUUUACGUCACGGCGUGGUUCCUCCGAAAUUUCCCAUCCAACACCACUUUGAAUCAGAAGCAGAUGAACAGUUCCUUCACUUACCCGAUGUACCUACGUAUAAACUACACCCAGUUCCUCCAUCUUUGGGCUGAGGGUUACAUUAACAUGAUCGCCUGCUCUUUAAAUGCCACACGAAACGCGACAGAAUUUUUCCAGAACGGUACCUACAACUUAACAAUGUCAUCCAUUAAUUUCACCACAAACUGGACGCAAACCAUUUACAACCUCACCGUCCGUUUGAUCAACUCUACGGCCAGCUUUGUUAACGGUUCGCUGGUCAAUGAGACGAUUCGUCACAACGCGUAUCUCCCCAAAUACUUCUACUUCAGCCUGAUGAACUUCACCAUAAAUAUAACGGAUCACGCCUUCAACUACUCCACGUGCAUGCUGAACCAGACUUUGUUUGAGUACGUGAACAGGACCCUCUCACCCGUACUUACGACGUGGAGGACAUUGAAGACCCUUAAUGAGCUAAAGCCAGAGGAUAUCGUUGAGAUGCUUCAACCGGAAAACCAAACUGGCAUGAUCUUUGGAAAGAACAUCUACACCUUUGACAAGCGUUACUUCCGUUUCCCUGGAAUCAAAGGAUCCAAUUGUAAGUAUUUGUUGAGCCGCGACUUCAAGGAAGGAAACUUUACCAUACUUUCUACGCCUGAGGUUAUCCUCAUCAUUACCCAGGAUGCUUUAGUGAAAAUCCACCGCAAUGGUCAGGUCGUGUCCCAAGGAAUCGCCGUGAACGACAAAACAAACAGUUUGACGCACAAUUUAUUUGAGGAGCUUCCUGUGAAAUUCGAGAACACAACCAUUGUACGAGAUGGUCCAUUCAUCAACUUGACCAAUGACUUUGGCCUCUCUGUCGAAUGUGACAUGGAGCACUUCGUGUGCAGUUACGUAGUGUCUGGAUUCUAUCAUAACAGAACGGCUGGUAUCCUUGGUACUAAUAACGGUGAACCGAGUGAUGACUGGAUGUCUCCAAAUGGCAAGAAUCGAACUCAGGUAUCCGACUUCGCCGACUCGUGGCUUGUGGGAGGCGACGGCUGCAAACCCGACGUCGAAGUGAAACAAAUACCUUGCGAUGGGGACAAGUCAGGGAUGAUACGUUGCAGUGAGCUCUUCCUCAAUAAGUCCUCGCCUCUUAGCAAAUGCUUUUCAGAGGUUGAUCCAGUUGACUUUGCAGCUGCAUGUAAAGCAGAAUACAAGGAUUGCGACAUAUCUGCUCCAGUGAAGAGCCUGCAUUGCAAUGUGACAGCAGCAUACAUACGACAGUGUAAACGACAUGGAAUUGAGAUUUCUCAGCCUGACGAAUGCACAUCUUGUGAAGUCGAAGGCGACAUGCAUGAGAAGAACUCGACAUGGAAAGAGAAACCCUCACGUAAUGUGGACGUUGUUUUCGUGUGCAGCGAGGGGGAAGAUAUGGAGCCUGUGGCUACUCUGCUGCCUUCAUUUACGCAGCAGAUCGACAAAUAUUUGAAGACAGAGGGGAUGUCACCGCAGUUUGGUCUUGUUGGAUUCAGCGGUAAAGCGCCAGUACACAGGCCCGGUCACGAGCAUACUAUUAAGGGUCAGCUACUUAAUAGCGCCGAGUAUUUCACAGCUGAUGUCAUCAGGAACAUGGGAUUUGUCCCAAGGAGCAACGAGGAGUUCCCAGAAAGCGAUGGCUAUCUUGGCUUGAUGAAGGCAGUCGAGUAUCCAUUCCGACCUGCUGCCUCCAAGCUCAUUGUUCUCGUCACAAACAGCCUCCGAGUCAAUCAUAGCGACGUUUCCAAUGGAACAGUCGUCAAGGCUCUGAAGGGCAUUGGUGCCAGGCUUGUCUUCAUUGGGAAGUUCCCGUUAAAGAUAGCCAUCGCAGUGGACACUUUCAAUAAUGCGUACACCAAGAAAGGAUUUUUCAAAACCGAAACGGGGUCCCUCAUCAAACGCUACCGACUUCCUCAAAAUAAUGAAUACUUCCAGAUCGUUACUGAAACACAAGGUGUCGGUAUCAACCUGAAACCUGCUUUCGAGGGACCGAAAGCUAAUCCAGAAUCCUGGCAAAUGGAAAUGAUCUUGAAGAGCAUUCUCAGACAAGUGGAGCAGGACACCGCUCAGUGCAAAGAAUGUUCUUGUGUCCCUGAUAUGGUUGGAAAGGGAAAGACCAUCUGCAAGGCAGUACCAUGCAAAGCUUAUUGAAAAGGCUUACCGACCGUCAGAUUACCCCGGAUGAAACGUCAAAUUAUGCGCAAUAAUCAAUUAUUAUUUAGCAAAAGCUUAAAGUUAGAGUAGACUGAAAUAACCACGAGUGUCGAAUGUGUGUUUAGCGCCUUUUCUUUUUUCGUUUUGUUUUGCUUCUGUAGUUUUUUUUUUUUUUUUUUUUUGGUACAACACAUUAAUGUGGCGAUAAUCGUAAAACUUUACUGAGCAUUAUCGAAGGAAUUACGGCAAAUCGUUGUCAUCUGUAUUUAGCAAGGGCCUUGUCGCUUGCAAUUAUAUGUAGUGUGAUCACAUUAAACUUUCAUUCGAGCAUUUA